AUGCCCCAAUUUGAGUAUAAUUUUACAAUAUCGUCAUCAUCAUCUUAUGUUCCAAGAUAUGUUCCAAGAUAUCGAACUGGUGCCUAUGCAAUAAUGAUAGCAUUAUACAACGGAUAUUUGAUAAAAGAAGCUCAACAAUAUUGUGACUCAGAUAAAAAAAGAAGUACGCCUAGUAUUGAAAAGGGAAAACAACUAGAGAUUAUUAUUGAAAUUGAAGAUAUUUUGAUUAUAAAACUUGUUUUCACAUUAGAAACAGAAUUGUCUAACAAUAAUUAUAAUGGUGGUUUAUUAAAUAAUGAAUUUGAUAUACUAGAACUUAUAGAUACUUGUGGAUUUGAUAUACUAGAAAUUGAUAGUUAUUGCACUAAUCCUAACUACCCAAUGGAUAUGGAAAGUUCUUUUAAUUCAAUCACUAAUUCUAAACCUAUUGAAUUGGCGCCUGAUUAUGUUAUUGAAAGAAAAAGAUUGGAUAAUUUGAUAGAAAGUAUCAAAGAUGGAAGACUUGGAGAACAAAAGUUUCAUCUUUCUAAAUCUGGUCAUAAUCUAGUUGAUGAUUUAGAAGGUGCUUUAAAACUUGAAAUUGAAAAUAUUAAUGACUAG